GAGCAAUGUGGAAAUGGUGAUGGGAGAAGAAAAGACAAUUGGGAAAAAACGGGGUUGCCCUUUAACACAAAAAUAACGCUAUUUUCAAAUGGAUGAAUUAAGUAAUAUAUUUGGAGGCUAGCGUUGAACCAGCCCUUCUUCAGCUACCUGCUUCUCCUGAAUUCAAGCCAAUCCUGAUUGGGCAGAACUGGUUCUCAAUGACCUCUGCUGUUUUACCUCCCAUGACACUUGGACCUUACUGUAAAUACCUACCUUCUGCGUAUAAGGACGAUAAAGGCAUCUGAUGCAUUUCCCUCUUGAAUAUUCAUGCAGUGUGUGUCUAGUGCAGUUAUUUGAAACGUCAUCUUGUUAUGGCGGCGCAAGACCCGGGCAGGACAAAAAGUUUUCCUUGCAAACAAUGCGACAUUGUAUGUCCCAACAUGCCCAGUCUGCUUGAGCACAUGGAUGCUCACCUUCAACAAGAGGAAGAUCGAAAAUUUAAAUGUGAUGAAUGCGGACGUGGUUAUAGACAUGCUGGUAGCCUAGCUAACCACAAAAAGACACACGAAGUGGGUUCUUUUCAAUGUGACAUCUGCGGUAAAGAAAACUCCAACUCUCUGGCCCUGAAGAGUCAUCUCCGAAGUCACAACUAUCAGAAAAAGUACUCCUGUGACCAAUGCGAAAAAUCUUUUCGUCUGGCAUCACAGCUAUCCACACAUGAGAGGGUUCAUGUUACCAGGCGAGUAAAGGACCGCUCGUAUAGGAAGGUAGACAUGGAAUAUCCCAUACCUGAAGAUGAUGAAAUAGAAAAUGAUCACCCCAUUGAGCAGUUGGCUGGUGUUGGGAUUUCUACAGAAAAUAGCCCAGCUGAGUACAAGACGGAUGUUGUUUAUAACGCACAAUCUGAAACAUCUGAUGAUGCAGCAGAUCGGCCUUUCAGAUGUGACCUGUGUGACAAAUCAUACAUACAUCAUCGAAGCCUGACCAAUCAUAAAAAGACUCACCAAGUGGGAAAGUUUGAGUGCACCGUGUGUUGCAAACUGUUCAAUAACAUGGCUGCCCUCUACAGCCAUCAGAGAUCUCACAAAACGAGAAGUGGGACGGAACCAGAUUCAGUGGGGGGGUCAUACACUGGGGCACCACUGGACCAGUUUUCACCCCAGAGCCAGGAUGCUCCAGUAAACUUUUGCCAUUUAUGUCAGGUUCUAUUCCCCAAUGAUGAAGAGUUCCAGGAACACAUCCAAAUGCAUAACUCUUCUUCACUGUCAUUUGGGCUUCAAGACACCUUGUCCGAGGAUCACAAUAUGUCCUAUGAAAACAGUAUUGCCUCGCCCGAGUCAAAUUUGUAUGCAUCUCCUAUUAAUAACGUUCCCUCAGUAUCAUCAAUAGAUAAUCAUGGAGGGUUUGAUCUGCCCCUAGAACAGAUUAGAAGUAACAGUCAGAUGUACUUGGACUGCUCCAACAAUCAGACACCACCUUCCAAUAGCACUCAGGGAGAACCCUCAAUCAUUGACACAAGUACUCUCAAUCCUCUCCUGACGCUUGACACUGACAGUGCAACUGCAAUGGAAGAGAGUUCAAGUGUAGAAUCUGCUGAGCGCCCCUUCAAGUGUCAAAUCUGCAGCAAAAGCUACAGGCACUCUGGGAGCCUCAUCAACCACAAAAGGUCACAUCAGGUAGGGAUUUACAAAUGUUCCAUCUGCGAAAAGAGCUUCCCUCACCUGGCCGCCCUCAAAAGUCAUCUCCGUGUCCACAAAGGUCAGUCGUCAUCGUUCGGCUUCGACGCCGACGGAGACUGGCUCUCCUCAGAGCCUCUGACUCUGGAUAACCAACAGGGCUUCUACGCUCAAGAGGAGGAGGAGGAGGAGGAGGAGGAGGAGGAGGGGGGGGAGGAGGAAGAGGAGGAGGAAGAAGAGGAGAAGGAAGAGGAGAAGGAGGAGGAGGAGGAUGGCAUCUUCCCUCUAGUUGAUAUGAAUCAGGAGAAUGGAUUGGAAGACAGCAAUGGAGCUUUGUACCAUGAGCAGUUCAAUCCGGAGUUCCCCCACGAUAUGACUGUGCAUCUACCUCACGAUGACCACCUGACGCAGAGGCACAUGUGUGCAGACUGCAGUGAGACAUUCGCAGACAUUGCAGGGAUUAAGUCGCACGUUUGCCCACUGCUACAGCAGCAGCAUGACACUACGAGCAGUGACUAUGAUAGUGUUGUCAAUUUCAAGGACAGUAAUGAUGUUCAAAUUCCAGGGAGUAAUGUAGACUUCCAAGGUCUGAAUGGUAACCACGACCAAAGUUACUUUGAACAAAACUUCCAUGAGGAAAUAAGAAGUAAUCAGAUGAAUAGUGGCGGAGAAGGGGAUAACGCUGAAGAGGAUGAGGAAGAUGGAGACCUUUGUCAGUGUUCUUUAUGUGGAAACACCUACACCAGCAUGAGGGCUCUUAGGAGCCAUCUCCGAGGACACACACAGUCCCAUGGCACUCCUGCAAGCUCUGGACCUUCCUCUAUGUCCUCCCAUGAAGAGGUGAAAGACGAGGAGGCCGAGGAGAUGAUGAUCUGUAGCACAUGUGGGGAAAGUUUUGCCAACAGUCAAGACUUGAUCACUCAUCAGCUUCUACACGACAAAGAGCAAGUGGACAGUGUUAAUCAGUUAGACAUGAACAAGAGCGGCGUGUCUGAAGCCAAGGAGGAUGUAAAGAGUAUCUGUGGCCGCUGCGGCAUCUUCUGCAUCAGCCUCCAUCAUCUUACGAACCAUGGCUGCUCCACUGAGAGGACAGAGAAGUUGACUCAUACUGAACAGGAAAUGAAAGGGAAUGAUGUCUCCCAGCAUGAUGACACGACUGAUAACAAAGAGACUUUUGAUACUAAAGAUCGGCAGUACAAGUGUGAUCAGUGUGGGCGUUCAUACAGACACGCCGGCUCCCUCCUUAACCACAAGAAGUCCCACAAAACUGGUGUGUUCAGGUGCCUCGUCUGCCAGAAACGCUUCUACAACCUGUUGGCCCUCAAAAACCAUCAACGGUCACACUUUGAUAAAAAGAGGCAUUCUUGCAAUGAGUGUGGCAAAGCUUUCAAAAUUCAGAAGCAGUUAAUAAACCACCUGAAAAGGCACAAGGAGAACCAAGCCAAAAUCCAAGACCUAAACAACCAGAUCCAGGCCCUCAUGGAGAUGAAUGGGACCAGGCCAGAUGGAGGAAUGCAGUCCUUAACUCCAAACACCAAUCAGGCUUUUCCCUCCACUCGACGCCGCAAGCAAGUAUUUGAAGGGAAGAUAGAACAAACAAAGUGUGAGACCUCCAUCAAAUCUGAGAACACGGGUGACCAACGGCCUUUCGCCUGUGACCAGUGUGGCCGUACGUAUCGCCACGCAGGAAGUCUGGUUAACCAUAAAAACUCCCAUAAAACAGGCGAAUACUACUGUUCCGUUUGUAAUAACAAUUACCCCAAUCAGCUAGCGAUGAAGAACCACAUGCGCACCCACUUUGCAUUGAAAAAGCAUUCUUGCCCAAACUGUGGGAAAGGGUUUAGGGGAAAGAAGCAACUAUUGGCCCACGUUUGUGCGGACCUCAGAAAGGAGAAGGCCGGAGUCAAGAAGGUCCUCAAACCGAGAGCCUUUAAGUGUAAGGAAUGUAAGAAGGCCUUUGUCUCUGUUGACAAGCUCACUACCCACACCUGUGAUGCACCACCAGGCAGAAGUGAUGCACAAACAAGUAUGAUUCGGAUUAAAGAGGAGCGGCCUUUCAAGUGCAUGAUAUGUAACCGCAGCUACCGCCACGCAGGCUCCCUCCUGAACCACAAAAACACACACAAGACCGGACACUUCAGCUGCACCUUCUGCUCCAAGCCCUUCACCAACCCCAUGGCUCUACGCAAUCACACGCGCAUCCACACGCAGAAGAAGAAGUACGUGUGUCUGACGUGUGGAAAGGCCUUCCGCCUCGCCAGUAUCCUGCACAACCACCAGAGGAUCCACAGCCGGGCGGCCAGUCACUUCAGGUGCUCUGCGUGCGGGAAGAGCUUCCAGGGCCGGUCCGGCCUGAAGAGGCACCACUGCCGCCGAGGGCAGGAGAACGCCCCGAGAGCCGGGGUGCAGCAGACAGAGCGCGGAGACAAGUGCUUCAUGUGUGACUUGUGUGGGCGCUCCUACCGCCACGCUGGCUCCCUACUCAACCAUAAAAAGACACACUCCGAAAGCCUGCACCACUGUUCCUUGUGUCUGCAGACAUUUCCUGACCCUCUCACUCUACAGAUUCACUCCCAGAUGAGGCGGCACUGCUGCCCCGAGUGCGGCAAGACCUUCUGUCAGCUGGCUCACCUGCAGAGCCACAUGGGGGUGCACUCCAAGCCAGCGUCCAGCUACCAGCAGCACCAGGGGGCUCAGGACCCCUACCAACACAGCGGGGACCAACCCGUAGACGACAUCGGCUGGGACUCAGGGAUAGAUCAAACCACGGGGAUGGACGGGAUGCUCACACCGGUUCCUCCCCCUCUGUCCCAUAUUCCAGAGAGCAUCGCUGAUUCAGAGAAGAGCAACGAGACGGAGGAGAAGAGCCACGUCUGCGAUCAUUGCGGCCGCACCUACCGCCACGCCGGCUCCCUCCUCAACCACAAGAACAGCCACAAGACGGGCUCCUACUUCUGCUCCGUCUGCCAGAAGGAGUUCACCAACCUGAUGGCCCUCAAGAACCACCGGCGCAUUCACACGGAGCCGAAGCGCUACCAGUGUCUGGAGUGCGGCAAGGCUUUCCGAGUGUCCACUCAGCUCAUAUGCCACCGCCGGAUCCACACCAAAGAGAAGCCUUUCGCCUGCCAGCAGUGCGACAAGAGCUUUUCCAGCAAGUCCAACCUGCGGCACCAUCAGAAGCUGCACCAGAACACCCAGAGCUACGACGCGUCUUAUAGCAUGGAUGCUAACGCGUUUAUGGACUUGGACAUGGGGUCUUUCCUUUGAAAACAGAUUCCAGAGCGUACAAGAGACGAGGAUAGGCAGCCCUCUUAUUUAUCUGUUAUUCAUCCCUCUUUCAGUAAUUGUAAAACAGUAUUUUUUAUUUCCGAAGCUUUCGUUGAAGACAUUUCAUUUCUGUCUUACCUCCUGGUGACUCACGUCCUCCACAGGGUCUACUGGUCAGCUUCUGAUUAGGACUGAAUGUUUUGUUUGAUCAACAGGAUACCAGAAUACAAGGCGGCUGAUAAUAUAAGCCGCGGCUCAUUCCUCAAUGACAAACCAACCAAAGUGAUCAGAAAAGUGCAGCCCAGGUCCAUGUGAGGAAACUGACAACAUGUUUCUGAAAGACAGUAUCUUCUCUUGCUAUGUUUAAUUGUGUUCAGUGCCUCUGUGUGUUCCUUAGGAAACAAAGUAAUACAUAUUAUAUUUAUCUCUGACUCCUUUUGUUAGCUGCCAAAAGGACUGCUCACUUUCCUUUUUGGAUUUCAAAAAUGGCAAGCCUGUUGUAAGUCAAAUACCUCUGGGCGUGUCCGAAGGGCAGUGGCAAAGUGAUUUUCUCAAAUCACGUUAUCAAGUAAAUAGUCGUACUGCUAAUAAUAAUUACGUCAAGUGACUUAGUAUGCUAAAAAAAAAAUGAUGUUUUCAUUAAUUUAUUCCUGUUAUGUGCAUAUUUUAACAGAAUCGCUUUUUUAUGAAUGUUGUAAAAAAAAAAAAAAUUCUGUCUUCUAAAACUCAUGUAGCCUUUAAGGAACGCCAUCAGUCGAUUUGUAUUUAGUUCUCAGUUACAACAAGCAGGAAUGAAUGAGCCAGGCAUCGUUGGCUGCACUCAGGGUAAACCUUAAAAAGGAACUCACCUGACGUGUUAAACAUUGUACAUAAUCAGGUUCACAAGUGAGCAGUUUCUUUCCACGUGCCAUUUCAACUCAGACGUUCUUCACUCCAACAGUUGGCUGCAGAUGCACGUGUAGUGCAUGCUCACCCGUUAAAGUCCAUCUCAAUCCUCUGAGACGCAUCCGUAAUGUUGAAGUGCCAGUGCCUAAAAUGUCAAGUAAAGUGUAGCAGUAUAAUUUUAACAAACCUCUUCUUGGUUUAUUUCUUGUUAACUGUAAACCAGGGCCGGGCGAUAUAGAGAAAAUCUCUAUAUUUCUAAGUGAAUACCUUGACAUGGAUAUUUGUGUCUAGAUUACACAAAAAUGUGAUAACCAAUAAUACAGUAAAGGCAAAUAAUGGAAUUAAACUUAUAAUAAAAUGCUAUCGAUGUUAGGGCUGCACGAUAUUUUUUCCCCCCUGCAAUAUAUAUAUUGCAGGAAUUGAAGAAAAGACCGUUUUUUUUGUC